ACGUUGGACGAACGUAUGUUGCCGCAAAAGAUCAAGGCCAACUUGCUUUCAUUUUUUACAAUCUCCGUAUGGGAUGUGGAAUUUCAUAACGCGCCGAGUCUAAAUGUCGAGUUGUUUUGCUUGUUGAGAAUAAUAAUUAAUUGCCCCCUUUAUAUUUGCUCCGUGGGAUUAACGUAAUGGGAAAAAUUUGUUGCAACGCAUGUGGAGGUGUCUUCGUUUGUUAACUUUUAGAAAGUAUUCUCGCACCGUAUAAAUACAUCUCAUUUUUCUCUGUUUUGUCAGUAGUUGUUUUUGGUAUUAUUCGUGCAACGUGGAAGCUAACUUAGUGGUUUGGUGUUCGUACAAAAAAGCAGUAAGUACCUUUUUUAUUGUUUUAUUUUAAUUCUUUAACAUUUGUUAUUAUUUUAUAAAGGUCCUAAAGAUCAUCUUAGUACUCUCAACCCGUAACCGCAAAUAGAAUAGCAGCCAAUCUUAAGCAAGGUGAUUUUGAGCAGCCGAUUGUCAAACUGCAUGAAUUGCCGAUAGGCGUUCCGUUUAAAAUUACUAGAGCCAAAAUUGUUAAUACAAAAUUUGGCAAUUCCGUGUUGCUGCAAUUAGAAAAUUCCGUAGUAUUUCUUCCUACUCGCGUGACAGAAGCUUUCCGUCCGAGACUAGAACACUUUGCGUCGGGGCAGUACAAACUGGUCUACGAGGGAUCCAAAGAUAUUGGAAAGCCCAACUCUUUAAAGAAAUUCAAAAUAAUUCAAAAUUAAUCAACAUAUUAUACAGGGUAAGUCUUAUUUACUGUUAUAUAUUUAAUAAACCACGAUGCGCGUAAAGCAGAUCAUUCAUAGAGCGCAAAUCUUAAUUUUAACCUUACAAAAAUUAAAAAAGCAUAUUUCCGACAAGUUCACUCUUAGAGAUAGUGAUGUGUGGCUUAGGAGACUAAGUAAAAAUAUUGAAUCUUGCAACCAAAUCGUUUCUAACGAAAAGGAUUUAUCUAUUGGGUUAAAAAGAAAAUUACAAACUACAAUUCAACAUCUGAAAGCUAUUAGAAAAAUUAUUCUUAAUUAUCAACAUAAGCAUUUUGGAUUGGGAUUACAAAGUAGUAGCCGCGAGACAAACACAAAUGAAAUGGUUGUAUGGGAAUCGGUAGCGUCGUGUUUCCAGGGAAGAGUUCAGACUGGUGUCAUAAUUAAUUUACUUCAUAAAGAUUUAAUUCAAUUUUUAAACGAUUCUCGUCCAAUAUUUCAACAAAAAAUUAGUCAAAUUUUAAAGAAAUUUUUAUUGCUGAAAGUAAAUACCACAUUUUGCGGUGAAUUUAUUAAGGCAAAAAAUGAUGUCCAAGGCGAAGUUGAUGUUAAAUAUCUGAGUACCGGAAAUGCUGUAGUUGAUUUAGGAACAGAAUUGAAUGAUUGGUUUGUUGAAAAUGUGCAAGAUAAAAUUUUAAAUCAAAUGUCAGAGUUUCAGGAACGUGAUUCCGGGUGGGCUUUAAAUAAUAUUAUUUAUUUAGAGAUUAACAUUAAUAAAUUUGAAAUGGGUAACGGAUCAUCCUUCGUUGUGCGACAUUGACCAAAUUAUGAUUAUCGAGCGGGCUAUACGAGGUGGAAUUUCGGUGUGUGUUGGUAGAUAUGCGGAGGCCAACAAUAAAUAUAUGCCCAACUACGAUUCAUCCAGGGAUGAUUCCUAUAUCAUGUACUUUGACGUCAAUAACCUCUAUGGCAAGGCCAUGUGCGAGCCUCUUCCUUACGGAGGAUUCGACUGGAUGUCUCAUCAAGAGAUUGAUUCAUUUACUGUCAUGAACAUUCCAGAUGAAUCUUCCCAAGGAUAUAUCCUAGAGGUAGACCUGGAAUACCCGCAGAAAUUACAUGACACACAUAGAGAUUUUCCAUUUUGUGCCGAACAUCGAGUGCCCCCCAAUUCAAAGUUACCAAAACUAAUGACUACUUUGUAUAAUAAAGAAAAAUACGUCAUACACUAUCGCAAUUUAAAACAGGCUCUCAAAAACGGUCUCGUACUAAAGAAAAUUCACAAAAUAUUAAAAUUUAACCAAUCUCGUUGGUUGAAAUGUUAUAUCGAUCAUAAUAAUAAAUUAAGAACCCAAGCAAAGACAAAAUUUGGUAUAAAUUUAUACAAAUUGUUUAAUAAUGCCGCUUACGGUAAAACAAUGGAAAACAUUCGCAAGCAUCGUAUUGUUAAAUUUGUUAAAGCGUGGGAUGGUCGCUACGGUGCGAAAAAUUUAAUUUCUAGUCCUAGAUUUCACAGUAGAACCAUACUUGAUAACAAUUUGUUGCUUAUAGAAUUAAAAAAAUCGGAACUUUGCUUUAAUAAGCCACUUUAUAUUGGAAUGUCCAUAUUGGAUUUGUCGAAAACGACCAUGUACGAGUUUCAUUAUAAUUACAUGCUUCCAAAUUUGGGUCCCGAAAAAUGUAAAAUUCAAUACAUGGAUACGGACAGUUUCAUUUAUAAUAUCAAAUGUUAUGACGCAUAUGAAAGCGUUAUUAAGGCCGAUUUAACAAAAAUUUGACACGUCUGAUUAUCCUAAUGACAAUCCCUAUAAUAUACCGCAAAUCAACAAAAAGGUUUUGGGGUUGAUGAAGGAUGAGACUAAUGGCACCAUCAUUAGUCAUUAUGCGGGGUUAAGGUCGAAAAUGUAUACUUUCAAAAUUUUAACGGGUUCGGUAGUUAAAAAGUCAAAGGGUAUUCAGUACAAUAUUGUAAAAAAUAAAAUUUCAUUUGAUGACUACGUAGAAUGCUUAACAAAUUUUAGGGAAAAGUACGCCACUCAACGAAC